AUGGAGUUCGAGCUCGAGCUCAGAGAAGCCGCCAUGGAAGGAAAUGUGCCUUCUUUGCUUGAGCUCCUUGGAAAAGACAGGUUGCUUCUCGAUAGAAUCAUGACUGGCAAUCAAAUUGAGACUCCUUUGCACAUUGCAGCCAUGCUUGGACACUUGAAAUUUGUGGAAGAGGUCCUAGCCCAGAAGGCCGAGCUGGAAAAAGUGCAAAAUUCUCAAGGUUUGACGCCUCUUCAUCUCGCAGCAGCAAAAGGGUACCUUAACAUAGUAGAAUGCUUGUUAAGAGUUAGCCCAGAAAUGUGUUCCAUCUAUGACAGAUACAAAAGAAACCCUCUUCAUGUCGCGGCCAUGAAAGGGCAUGUGGAUGUGUUGGAAUGCUUGGUUCGAGCAAGUCCUGAUGCAGCCUGCAAUGAUGCUGAAAAUGGCCAGACGAUCUUGCAUUUAUGUGUGAAGCACAAUAGACUGGAAGCUUUGAAGGUUGCGAUUGCGAUAGAUAUCAUACGCAAUGAUCAGUUCAUCAACUCAACGGAUGAAGAUGGCAACACAAUUUUGCAUUUGGCUGCUGCAGAUAGACAAACUGAGACAAUUGACUUCCUGAUUGAUAAAGGAGUAAACCCGAACAUCAAGAACUCCAGAGGUUUUACAGCACUACGCCUAUCAGCACAAGGCCAACGCGCAGAUAGAGCCUCAGAUAUUGUGGAUUAUGUUCCUCAAAUUUCAGAGAGUCACGACCAAUCCAGGCGAAUAGUCAAUGCAGAGAACACGGUCACCGCCGUCCAUCCACCUGAAGGAGAAGAGAACAAUGAGGAAAGUAAGAGAAAGUGGCAAGAGAGUAUGCAUGAGACGGUAAUGCUGGUGGCAGUGUUGAUAGCUACCGUGGCAUUUCAAGCCGGUAUUACCCCACCUGGCGGCACUUGGCAAGAUGAUUUCCAGGGCGAUAAAGAUCGUAAACCACAUAGUGCGGGCUACUCCAUAAUGGCAGAUAAGGAACCGUUUAGAUAUGAGUCAUUCCUUAUUUAUAACACUAUAAGUUUGGUUGCAUCGCUUAGCAUCAUUCUGCUUCGCAUAAGUGGUCGUAAUUCAAAGCAGCGUCCGAAUUCCAAGCAGCGUUCGAUCUCCACGUGGAUUGCAAUGCUGAUUUUGUGGGUUGCGAUAAUCUCCAUGGCGUCGACUUAUACCAUCUCCUUAACAUUCUCAUCACCAAAUGUUAAUAUAGGGAGCAGACUUCUAAGUAUUGUGCCGGGAUGUGUUGGAUUCAUGGUUUUUCUUCUUCUCCUGGUCAACGUUUUAAAAUUAAUCCUGAAGGUGGUAGGCAAAGUCCGGAAAUGCUUUCGCGAAUUUUUGGAAAGACGGAAGCGGAAGGAUACUUUGGUUUAG